ACCCGAGCACAGCGCUGCCGGCUCCACGGCCCGCAGGGGGAGCAGCCGGGGCCGGGCUCCUCCCGGCCGGGGCCGCCCUGCGUGGGCAGCAGCAGCGGCACCGCCCCGGCAGCGAGGCGAGGAGAGGAGAGCGGCCUCAUGAAGGGAGAGCGGCCAUGAGGCCGGCACAGCGCUCCCGCCACGAGACCCUGGCCCUGCGGCAGCAGCUCAUCGGCUCUUCGUGCAAGCUGUUUUUUUCUCAUGAUCCAGUGAAGAUUGUGAAGGCGAAAGGCCAGUACGUGUAUGACGAGAACGGAAGACAAUACCUUGACUGCAUAAACAACGUUGCUCACGUUGGACAUUGCCACCCUGAUGUUGUAAAGGCAGCCCAUGAGCAAAAUCAAGUGCUAAAUACAAAUUCUCGUUAUCUUCACGACAACUUGGUUGAUUAUGCAAAGAGGCUCUCAGACACACUACCUGAAAAGUUGUGCACCUUCUAUUUCUUGAAUUCUGGAUCUGAAGCUAACGAUCUUGCUCUAAGAAUGGCACGGCAGUAUACAAAACACGAAGAUGUUAUAGUUUUAGACCAUGCUUACCAUGGACACCUGACAUCCCUGAUUGAUAUAAGCCCAUAUAAAUUCCGAAAUCUAGAAGGACAAAAGGAAUGGGUCCACGUGGCUCCUCUACCAGACACCUACAGAGGACUGUACAGAGAGGACCAUGAAGAUUCUGUAACAGCUUAUGCUAACGAAGUGAAAAAUAUUAUUGAGCAAGCACAAAAGAAAGGCAGAAAGAUUGCUGCAUUUUUUGCUGAAUCCCUGCCAAGUGUCGGUGGUCAAAUCAUUCCACCAGCAGGCUAUUUUCAGAAGGUUGCAGAGCAUGUGCAUAAGGCAGGAGGUGUAUUUAUUGCUGAUGAAAUUCAAGUCGGCUUUGGCAGGGUUGGCAAGCAUUUUUGGGCAUUCCAGCUCCAGGGAGAAGACUUUAUACCCGAUAUCGUCACUAUGGGGAAACCCAUAGGAAAUGGGCACCCGCUUGCCUGUGUAGCAACAACGAAAGAAAUUGCAGAAGCAUUUGCAGCCACAGGAGUGGAGUAUUUUAACACCUUUGGAGGAAACCCUGUUUCGUGUGCCAUCGGAUUAGCUGUUUUAGAUGUGAUAGAGAAGGAACACCUCCAGGCUCAUGCCAUGGAAGUAGGCAACGUCUUGAUGAAGCUAUUCAAGGAGCUGAAGAUCAAGCAUCCCAUCAUUGGUGAUGUCAGGGGUUCUGGCUUAUUCAUUGGAGUGGACUUGAUUAAAGAUCAAGCAGAAAGGACCCCAGCCACAGCAGAAGCAGAGUAUCUGUUAACAAGGCUUAAGGAAGAAUAUAUUCUACUGAGUACAGAUGGGCCAGGAAGAAACGUAAUUAAAUUCAAGCCCCCGAUGUGCUUCAGCAUGGAUGAUGCAAAAUUUGUUGUGGAGGCAUUUGACAGACUACUAACAGACAUGGAAGAGCAACGUCUGAACCAGGACAACACAUCCACUUGUUCUACCUAAGCAGGUUUCAAACAUUGUUCAGGAUCUACUAAGAAGUAUUAUUCAACCAUGAAAAUGCAUGUUUCAUCUUCAUCCUAGCAUGUCUUAGACCAGAUAAGUUAACCUUUAAUUCUGUUAUUUUCACAGUUAUCUUGUUAUUAAGUAAAAGCUUUAGGAGAAAUAAAUUUUAUAAAAGCUUGUUUCAACUGUGGCAGACAUGUGGAAUCAGCUGUUAUUUAACAAAAUAUCUAAAACCUCUUAUAAAGGAAUAUAUUCCUAGUAGCUACUGUAAACUGUUUUAUGAACUCGUGCUCUUUUAGGUUUAUGCCUAUUUAAAAACUAAGGUGAGCCAAUUGGUUCUUAUUUUUGUUAUCUACAGCUACCUAGGAACACCAUUCCAGCUGCCUUUGCCAGGCACCUCUGACCAGUUUCAGCAGGCAGCUCCAUGCUAAUGAGAUCCUCCUAGUAGAUACUCAACACGAGCUCUCAAUGAGCAGAUUAAGCCAAGAACUUCAGCCCCAAACUCUUAACACCAAAUGCAUAAGGAACAGACAGCUGAGGGUCACAUAUCCCAGGGCUGUUCUUAGGAAAUACUUUGUCCUCGAGAACUAUCUGAGUAGGAUUAAUAAAUCAGAAUUAUGUUACAGCCAUAAGAAGCAGCCUUGCAUACAAGCCCUUCCUUUCAAUAGUUAGCUGUUCUUUGCAU